CUACUUGCCUAGUAGGUCUAACAAUUAGACCUACUAGAAUAGCUUAAAGUUUUUUAUAUCUUCUGAUAGGUAUUUUAUUACUUUUUCAUUGAAGUAAACUGAAAUAACUUUUGUUAGGCAUAUGUGAAUUAAAAAUAAUUUGUAUAAAUGUACUGCUCUUAAAUAAACCAUUAGGAAUAUCUUGGAAUUUCUGUUUUGUUCUUAUAGAUAAGGUUUAGAUGGAAUUUGGCAUGUGGUAAUCUCUAUUUAAUAAAUAAUGAGUUUGUUUUCUGUGUUUUGAUUUCCUGUUUCACAGUUGUACUAGUUAAUGGGAUUAGGCAAUCUUGAUUUGUUUCUUCUUUAAUUUAAUUAAAAGGUUUGAAGCAUCUAAUAAAUAUUUCUGUUAUUUACUCCUUGUCAUAACAUGCUCUUUGGACAGCUCUUUUGAAUAAAUAUCUGUUGCUAAAAAUGAAGAGAAUUUUCUGUCCUUUAAACUUUGAUAAUUAAAUUAAUUUCUCAGUCUGGGGUCGUGGCUCAGUGGUUGCCUAGCAUGUGUGAGGCACUGGGUUCGAUUCUCAGCACUACAUAUAAAUAAACAACUAAAAAAAGAUAUUAAAAAAAUUAAUUUCUCAUAUCUGCUUUUGCUUUUGUAAAAUUAUUUUUAGUUUACUGAUAAUUUGUUUUGGGUGUUGUUGAGUCACAUCCCCAGCCCUUUUAUACUUUAUUUAGAGAUUACUAAUUUGCUGAGGUUGGCUUUGAACUCAUGAUCUUUCUGCCUCAGCCUGCUGAGCUGCUGAGAUUACAGGCAUGUACCACUGUGACUGGUUGGUUUUCUGUUUCUUGAUUGUACAUAUUCAGCACUUUUCUGAAUCAGUAAGCCUUUUUUUUUUAAUAUUUAUUUUUUUAGUUGUACACAAUACUUUUAUUUUAUUUAUUUAUUUUUAUGUGGUGCUGAGGAUAGAACUCAGGGCCUCGCACAUGCUAGGCAAGUGUUCUGCUGAGCCACAACCCCAGCCCAGUAAGCCUUUUUUAAGAAAAUACUAAUGAUAAGGGUAAGUAUUGUCUUUGAUAUAAUCUGUCAUAUUAAUUUUUUACCAUUAUGCAUUUUUUAAAAAAGAUUUUUUGUUUGUAGGUGAUCACAAUACCUUUAUUUUAUUUUUAUGUGGUGCUGAGGAUCGAACCCAGUGCCUCACACAUGAGAGCUUCCCAAAAUCAAGAACGGCUAUGUGCAUUUAAAGAUCCAUAUCAACAAGACCUUGGGAUAGGCGAGAGUCGAAUCUCUCAUGAAAAUGGGACAAUAUUAUGCUCAAAAGGUAGCACCUGCUAUGGCCUUUGGGAAAAAUCAAAAGGGGACAUAAAUCUUGUAAAACAAGGAUGUUGGUCUCACAUUGGAGAUCCUCAAGAGUGUCACUACGAAGAAUGUGUAGUAACUACCACCCCUCCCUCAAUUCAGAAUGGAACAUACCGUUUUUGCUGCUGUAGCACAGAUUUAUGUAAUGUCAACUUUACUGAGAAUUUUCCACCUCCUGACACAACACCAAUCAGUCCACCUCAUUCAUUUAACCGAGAUGAGACAAUAAUCAUUGCUUUGGCAUCUGUCUCUGUCUUAGCUGUUUUGAUAGUUGCCUUAUGCUUCGGAUACAGAAUGUUGACAGGAGACCGUAAACAAGGUCUUCAUAGUAUGAACAUGAUGGAGGCAGCAGCGUCAGAGCCUUCUCUUGAUCUAGAUAAUCUGAAACUGCUGGAGCUGAUUGGCCGGGGUCGAUAUGGAGCAGUAUAUAAAGGUUCCUUGGAUGAACGUCCAGUAGCUGUAAAAGUAUUUUCUUUUGCAAACCGUCAGAAUUUUAUCAACGAAAAAAACAUUUACAGAGUGCCUUUGAUGGAACAUGACAACAUUGCUCGCUUUAUAGUUGGAGAUGAGAGAGUCACUGCAGAUGGACGCAUGGAGUAUUUGCUUGUGAUGGAGUAUUAUCCCAAUGGAUCUCUUUGCAAGUAUUUGAGUCUCCAUACAAGUGACUGGGUAAGCUCUUGCCGUCUGGCCCAUUCUGUGACUAGAGGACUGGCUUAUCUUCACACAGAAUUACCACGAGGAGACCAUUAUAAGCCUGCAAUUUCCCACCGAGAUUUAAACAGCAGAAAUGUCCUGGUGAAAAAUGAUGGAACCUGUGUUAUUAGUGACUUUGGGUUGUCCAUGAGGCUGACUGGAAAUAGACUGGUGCGCCCAGGGGAAGAAGAUAAUGCAGCCAUAAGUGAGGUUGGCACAAUUAGAUAUAUGGCACCAGAAGUGCUAGAAGGAGCUGUGAAUCUGAGGGACUGUGAAUCAGCUUUGAAACAAGUAGACAUGUAUGCUCUUGGAUUAAUCUAUUGGGAGAUAUUUAUGAGAUGUACAGACCUCUUCCCAGUGCCAAGGCUCAAACUCAGUGCCUUAGACACACAAGGUGAAUCUGUACCAGAAUAUCAGAUGGCUUUUCAGACAGAAGUUGGAAAUCAUCCUACUUUUGAAGAUAUGCAGGUUCUUGUAUCUAGGGAAAAACAGAGACCCAAGUUCCCAGAAGCCUGGAAAGAAAAUAGCCUGGCGGUGAGGUCACUCAAGGAGACAAUCGAAGACUGUUGGGACCAGGAUGCAGAGGCUCGUCUUACUGCGCAGUGUGCUGAGGAAAGGAUGGCUGAACUUAUGAUGAUAUGGGAAAGAAACAAAUCUGUGAGCCCAACAGUCAAUCCCAUGACUACUGCUAUGCAGAAUGAGCGCAACCUGUCACAUAAUAGGCGUGUGCCAAAAAUUGGCCCUUAUCCAGAUUAUUCUUCUUCCUCAUACAUUGAAGAUUCUAUCCAUCACACUGACAGCAUUGUGAAGAAUAUUUCCUCUGAGCACUCAAUGUCCAGCACACCUUUGACUGUAGGGGAAAAGAAUCGUAAUUCAAUAAAUUAUGAACGACAGCAAGCACAAGCUCGAAUCCCCAGCCCUGAAACGAGUGUCACCAGUCUGUCUGCCAACACAACAACCACAAACACCACUGGUCUCACUCCAAGUACUGGUAUGACCACUAUAUCUGAGAUGCCAUACCCAGAUGAAACAAAUCUCCAUGCCAUAAAUGUUGCACAGUCAAUUGGGCCAACCCCUGUCUGCUUACAGCUGACAGAAGAAGACUUGGAGACUAACAAGCUAGACCCAAAAGAAGUUGAUAAGAACCUCAAGGAAAGCUCUGAUGAGAAUCUGAUGGAGCAUUCUCUUAAACAGUUCAGUGGGCCAGACCCACUGAGUAGUACCAGUUCUAGCUUGCUUUACCCACUCAUAAAGCUUGCAGUAGAAGUGACUGGUCAGCAGGACUACACCCAGGCUGCAAAUGGCCAAGCAUGUUUAAUUCCUGAUGUUCCACCCACUCAGAUCUACCCUCUCCCUAAACAACAGAACCUUCCUAAGAGACCUACUAGUUUGCCUUUGAACACCAAAAAUUCAACAAAGGAGCCCCGGCUAAAAUUUGGCAGCAAGCACAAAUCUAACUUGAAACAAGUAGAAACUGGAGUUGCCAAGAUGAAUACAAUCAAUGCAGCAGAACCUCAUGUGGUGACAGUCACCAUGAAUGGAGUAGCAGGUAGAAACCACAGUGUUAACUCCCAUGCUGCCACAACCCAGUAUGCCAAUGGGGCAGUUCCAUCAGGCCAGACAGCCAACAUGGUGACACAUAGGGCCCAAGAAAUGCUGCAGAAUCAAUUUAUUAGUGAGGAUACCCGGCUGAAUAUUAAUUCCAGUCCUGAUGAGCAUGAACCUUUGCUAAGACGAGACCAACAAGCUGGCCAUGAUGAAAGUGUUCUAGAUCGUCUUGUGGACAGGAGGGAACGGCCACUAGAAGGUGGCCGAACUAAUUCCAAUAACAACAACAGUAAUCCAUGUUCAGAACAAGAUGUUCUUACACAGGUUGUUUCAAGCACAGUAACAGAUCCAGGGCCAUCAAAGCCCAGAAGAGCACAGAGGCCCAAUUCUCUGGAUCUUUCAGCCACAAAUGUCCUAGAUGGCGGCAGUAUACAGAUAGGUGAGUCAACGCAAGAUGGCAAAUCAGGAUCAGGUGAAAAGAUCAAGAAGCGUGUGAAAACUCCCUAUUCUCUUAAGCGAUGGCGCCCUUCCACCUGGGUCAUCUCCACUGAACCACUGGACUGUGAGGUCAACAACAAUGGCAGUGAUAGGGCAGUUCAUUCCAAAUCCAGCACCGCCGUUUACCUUGCAGAAGGAGGCACUGCCACAACCAUGGUGUCUAAAGAUAUAGGAAUGAAUUGUCUGUGAAAUGUUUUCAAGGUUAUGGAGUGAAAUUAUUUUUUGCAUCAUUUAGCUGAAGACAAAAAAAAAACUGCUUUAUCCUCCUGUCAGCACCCCCUCCCACUCCUGCAACAAGGACUUGCUUUAAAUAGAUUUCAGCUAUGCAGAAAAAUUAGCUUAUGCUUCCAUAUUUUUUAAUUUUGUUUUUUUAAGUUUUGCACUUUUGUUUAGUCUUGCUAAAGUUGUAUUUGUCUGUUAUGACCACAGAAUUAUAUGUGUGUGUAUCAAAAGUGGUCUCAAAAUAUUUUUUUAAGAAAAAAAAAGCAAAAACAUUGUAUUGCUGAUAAUCAGUUUGGACCAUUUUCUAAAGGUCAUUAAAACAGAAACAAAUUAAGACAGGUUUGCCUGCAGUGGUGUCUGGUAUCCAUGUUUUAUUUCUGGGCACAAGCUAGUUUAUAUGUUGAUAUGUUCUUAAACAUAUUAUCUGUUGGACAUUCUUUUCUCUUGUAUUUUGUUUGAAUGUGCAAUAGUCUGUAGACCACAAAUAAGCUUUCUUGUAAGCGCUCUUCCUAAUGGGGCACACAUUCUUCCAUAAUAUGAACAUUUUUCUCCCCUCAUUCUUCCAUAAUCUGAACAGUUUUCUCCCCUAUCUCCCAUGCUUUUUGUAGGUCAGUUCUGUGACAGUGAAUUUUGCACAGAAGAAAGCAGCUACCUGAUUUCUUGCUUUCUCUCUCUUUUUGGAGAAUGCAGAAACAUUGUCUGAAAGGGCUCUGUAGAAGAAACUACCAAAACCCAUUUUGAAAUGCCAUAUUCUUUUAACCUUCCAAAUCUUAAACAUAUCCUUCUGGGCAUUUUAACAAGUAUAUUUUGAUUCUGGUUUUGGAAGUUCAUAAAAGAGCAGAGAACAAAAUACAAGAAAUCAAAUAUUAGUCUUUUAUCUUUUAAUUUUAUUUUUGUAUGUACAUGUUCCAUAUUCAUUUAUUUAAGAAAUACAUUUUUAUCAGAAAACAUUUAGAGUUAAACUUACAUGGAAUUUAAGUAAGUAGGUGGUUAAGACAUUAUAGUUUUAUAAUUUCAUUCUCUGAAUAGGCCAUCUUUGACUCAAAAAAAUUACAUUUUUCUUUUAUUAUAACUUCAAAAAUAAUUCAUAGUUUUGAACCUGUAGUACUUUAUUAUGUUCCCAAGCAAAGCCUAGUGACUUUAUGUGAAAAUUAUUUCCUUUACCCAUGACCUAAAACACUGUGUAGAAAAAUCAUUCAACUGGCAUGCCAAAUCUCUAUGGCAGGAAGGACUACUGCCAAACUUACCUUUCUUGAACAGGCUGAGAUUUACCCUCUCUCUCUUUGCAAAACUGUGUAUUUCAUCCGUAGUCCUCAUUUCAUAAUUUCUCCUGUUGCUAGUUUUUCACAUAAUCUCUGAUAUGUGAGCAGAAUUUAUUAUUUAUAUUGCAUUAGAAUACACCUUUUAGUGAUAGUAAACCCUUAAAAUAAUAUUGUUUUUAAAGCUUCCUUGCUUCUUUGAUUACUUAUAAUUUUUUCUAAAAUAACAACCUCUGCAUUUUUUUUUAAAUUAAGCACUUUCUUUCAAAUAAGGGAUUUUUUUUUCCUAAACAAAUUAUAUACUGACAAUUUGAAAACAGUGAUCUCACUUAUUUUUUUCAGAUUCAUGGAGUACUUAAUAUAACAUUAUCUGAUUAAGUUCUAAGAUUUUUCUGGGACAUAAAAAGUUAAGAGAAAAACAAAUCCCCAAAUUUCUGAUUUAGGUUCUUACCUCCUGAACAAAAUAUUUUCUCAUUCAUACUCUCUGUCUUGAGCAUUUAGUAAAAGACAGCUUAAACUUCCCAGCUGGCUGUCCAAAAUACUUGUGACUUAUUUAUGUAUAAGCCUUCUUAUUGCCAUCUGCUGUGAUGUUAUGAGUUAGAGAUUACAACAUUUACCAUUUAUUCAACUGGAUUGCUGAUUACAGGUCUUGAUUCUUAGAAUUAAGAUUAUUUUUAGUGCCCAGGAUUUCCACCUUUUGUGUUUUAUUGGACCUUUCUUGUGAUUCAGACCUUUAACAUAUUUUUUAGUCUUCUGGCAUAUAAUUUUUUUCAUAAAGCUAUUAUCUUUUAUCUUUGUGACAAAUUAUUUGUAGUUUUUCCCAGGAAAUUUUCAUUUAGUUCUCUUGUCUUUAAAAUGCAUUUCAGAAUAGUCUUUUCAAACAUUUAGGAGACAAUAUUGAAUCAAAAUAAAUUAUAUUCCAUCUCCAAGCAUUAAGGAUAAAUGACUGUUUUGAACAACCCACAAUAAAAAAUUUAAAAAAAAAAAAGGAUAAAUGACUAUCUGAGGUUUUAACUGACCUUUUCCUAUCAGACGAAGAGUUCUGUAUGCUCUAGUAGACUUUCUAUUUGGGCCAGUCCACUUUAAGUUUUUCAACAUUUUUUAAUGUUCAAUAAUAAAAUGCUUUAAAAAAUAACUUACCCAAUUAAAAUAACUGCAUAGUUUCCAUUUCAUGCAAACAUGUUUAAAACAAUUUUCUUUCCCCAGUUAUUUUAGUCAACUGUUGAAAAAAUAGGAGAGGUAGAAAGUACGGAUCAUAUUAAAAAUUUAGGUUAAAUUAUACAUCAGACUUUUAGAAUUUUUGUAAUAUAUAAGGAAGAAAAUCACUUUAAAUGAUUUAAAUUAUAUAAUUGCUAAUUUUAUUCAUGUAACAGUAAAUGUUUCUUAAAGCUGAUAGUUAAAUGCUAUCACAAAAUUUUGCAUUUAGAAAAGAAUUUGGGUCUUUUUAAAUAAAGGGCCACUGAAUUUGAAAAUAUGAAAACUUAUUUCACUAGGUAUUAAUGUAACCUUAAAAGCGUCAUGCUAGGUAAUCAUACUAGGUAAGUCUAAUAUCAGUUCCCUUAACAAAUCUAAAUUGUAUACCAGAAUUAAGUAAUUAAAAGAACUUGAUUUGGAUUUUGUUUACACUAAAUGAUUUAAAUAUAAAUCCUAAAACCUUUUUCUUUUUUUUUUUACAUUUAAAUAUUUUCUAAAACUUUUUUCUAAAUGCAUAAUUGGGAAAGAAAAAAAAACUAUUCCUGUAGAAAGUAUGAAAAGGCACAUACAGAAUACUGAGAGAUAUAUAUGGUAUUUAAUCCUCACAGUGACCCAAAUGAGCUAACGUUCCCACUUUACAGAUAAGGAAAACAAAGUUAAGAGAAACUAGAUAAUUUGUCCAAGGUUCACAUCUAGUUACAGACAAAGAUGGGAUUUAGCCUGUGUCUGCCUCUCUACAUCUCUUAUGUGUAGCACAUUGCCUACAUACUGUAUGACAGGUUAUGUAUUGUACUGACGUUUUUAAGAAAUUUAGUCAUUAUAUUCCAGCACAAUUAUGGUUUGUAUUUAAGCCAAAGCAGACACCUUAAUGAUUUUAGCAGUUAGGCAACCAUAAAAUGUAUAGACUUGCCUAUGCCUUUUGUUGCUUAAGACAUAAUUACUAGUUCAAAACAAAAUUCAAUCUUAAGUUUGCCACCUUAAAAUAAUUCACCUAACUCCUAGCUUUCUUAUAUUGCAGAACUAAAGGUAAAGUAAAUUUUAAGGGAAAAGUGAAAGUAGCUUUGGGAACAUUUUCCUAAAAUGAUUCCAUACUAGAUUUGGAAAAAUUAAAUUAGCAUAGAACUUCAAUCUCAUCAAUCCUUUGAAAUUUUUAAUCUUUGAAAUUUCUGCAUUUAGUGACUUUAGAAAAUUUGUUAAUCCAGAGAACUAAUUGAAUAGGAUAUGGGAAGGAUACAAAGAUAAUAUUAUCUUUCACAAAGUAAUGUAGCUUCCUCAUAUGUAUUUACUUGUUCUAGAAAAUGUACAUUGAUUCUGAAUAUAAAAAUAACUAGAAAAGAAGAAACACUACUCAAGUAAGUAUGUGUUUCAGUUGGAAUUAUCACAAAAUUGGCAAAUCUUUUUAUGUAAAAUAUUUACAAGUUUGUCUUCUAAAGCCAAGUUAGGCCACAGCUAUUAUACUGAAUUUUUAGUCUCUGUAAAUAUGUCUCCUGAAAGUCAUUUAAAAAAAUUGAAUAUGUCAAUAAACUUUUUAUUUUCUUUUUUUCAUACUUACAGGCAUGAAUAUUUCAUUGGAGAUUGUUAACUCUUAGAACUUGAUGUGACGUUAUAUUUCUAUACUACAUUUUAUAAAUACAUGUUGAACUUACUACCAGUUAUAUGCAGGUUAUUUUACAUAAUUAUUCACAGAUUGCUUUAUAUAUUACCUUAUCUUCUUAGCAAACUGUACUCUUAUAAUCUGCACACUUGAUUAUCUAGACCAGCCAUUCUAGAAAUUGAGUAAUAACUCCCACAUACACCCCAGGAGUCUCUUUCAGACUGGGAUAUUUCUAAAUAUUCAUAGCCUUGAUUGAUAGUGGGUUUUUUUUCCAGCAAUGAAGUUGCAUUUUACCUUUGAGAUUAUGAACUAUGCAAACUGCCCCAAACUACCUUACAUGAUCCCUUCCUAGAUAUAUUCAUUAAAUAAAUCUGGCAAAUCACUGUUGGAGCUAGUUACACAAAAGUUAUUAUCCAAAGAAGGCUUUUCUGCAUGUUUCCAGAUUAACAUAUGAGAGAAGAGGAUAUCACAGAGAGUGCUCUAGUGCACCUACCCAUUACUCUCCCUAAAUUGCCACAUGGUUUAUGUCUGGUUUACUCUGUCCCUCUGCUAUCUGACUUGCAGUUUUAUGUGUCAGAAAAGUUUUCUGCAUGUCUAUUCUGUCUCCCUCUUGCUUCAUUUUUAAAUCCAUUUCUUUACCCAGUAGGAAAAAAAGAACAAUUGGUCAUCAUCUCCAACACUGUUACUCUAGUAUACUUCAGACUUCUCAGUUAACAUCUAAAUCUCAGUUCUUCAAACAAAAUUGUUUCAAUCUCUUUAGCUUUCCUUCUCAGUUCCAUUUUAAUGACCUUAUAUUUAAGAGCACAUAAAAUUAUAUUUUACAUUCUACUCAAAUUAAUUACUCCAUUUAAGUAAUAGUUCAGUAGUUUUAUAGAAUUGAGAGUUAGUUAUCAUUUGACAUUAGAUUCAAUCAUCAGACCACCAGCAAAUCAGCACUUAAUUUUUAUAUUAUCUAACAUUUUCUAUUGUGAAGUUUUUAUGAUUUUAUAUUUUCAUUAAUUAUAACUAAAAAGCCAUGCAUACAGAAUUGUAUAUCAUUUUGCCAUUAAAAUUUUUAACUUACAUUGCAGUAAGCUUAGUAUUUAUUAAACCACAAUGUUUUACAUUUCUUUGUAUCAGUUGUUGUGUUGAACACUAAACACAAGAUUCAUUUUUAAAAACAAACCCUACAAAAAUCAGGUAUAAUUCCAUGAACAUUUUUGUAGACCACUUUUGAAAUACUUAUCAUUGUUUUGCAACAUGGACUGGACUAUAACAACUUUCCUUUAACUUUUAUGUGACUGAUUAAAGUUGAGUGUUUGCAUAUAAAGAAAAAUUUAAACAUUUAUCUCAUGGCAGAUACAUUUGAAAGUAAAUAAUUUAGGAGAAUUUAUGCUGUGUAUUAAAAUUAUGCCCCAAAUAAAUCUUUCAUAUCUUUAAAAAUUCCAAUUCCGUUAUUACUGUGAUGUUUAUAGCUUUGUUAUUAAACCUUGUGAACAUAUGCAUUUAUUUUAAAAACUUAAUUUGACAACCACAUUAAAAUCUGAGUAAGAGAAGGAAUCUUUAGAAAUAAAAUUACUUCAUUAGGGUGUUCAGUUUGUGAUUGAAUAUUUAAGAAAAUUGCUGUAUUUAAAAUUACAACUUUAUUUUUUUUUUCAGUUUUAAAAGAUAACAUGGGUUUUUUUUCCCAUUUUAUUUGUACUUUUAGGUUUCAGAAACAUCUUCCUGUUUUAAAAUCACUUUAUAGACAUAAUAUUACUUAAAAACUCAGGGCCCCUUUCAUCUUUUGUAUACUGAAAAAGUUCAGUUGGUAGCAAACAAGCAAUUAGAUCCAGUUGAAUAUUUAAAGUGUUUGUUGCACAGUUUAUUUAAUGACUUGUGUUAUUAUUUGACUUACUUCACAUAGACAUAAUAUCAGAUUUCUUUAAUCAUAAAAACUUGCCCAGUUCUGUAAUUACUGAAUAAAAAGAAUGACUCAACUAAUUAGCUACAUGUUACAACAAAUUUAGGCCUUAGAGUUGACUGGCUUAAACCUUUCUGUUCAUUGAUUAAAUGGCUAUCCAUGAUGGGACAAAUCAUUUUAUUUUGUUUUUUUAAUAACAAAGUAAUUCCUCUGAAAAUUUUCUUAAGAGGUAAUUUAACAUAAAAUUUUCUUCUAAAAGUAAACUAUUGAGUUUAUAGCUUUAGUAAUAGCUUGAAUGAUUCUGAGAGAUAAUCUAUGGUAAUCUAUCACAUUGUCAGAGCCAAAUAGAAUUUUUCUUUGAAUCAGAUAAGCUCAAGCUCUAAAAUGGUAUGCUGUGUUUAAUUCUAGCAAUGAAGUUGUUUAUAAUCAGUCUCUUGUCUCAGGAUCCCCACCUUGUUACCAAUCCUCUUAAGUAUGUAAAAGAAGCUUAUUUUUAAAGAAACUUAAUAGUAAGGAAACUAAAUUACUAAAAAAUACAGCUAAAAAAUUGUUAGAUUCUGGUUUAUCAUUGAAUUGCUUGACUUCUAUGGCUUUUCUUAUUCUGGUCACAUUUAUUUAUUUAAGCAAUUUUUGUAUGCCUUGUUAUUUCAUUUCCAUAGAGAUUAUAUUGUAUAAGUGUUUGUAUAAGCUGGAAUCAUCCUUAGUUUUCUGUUGAUGAUUUUUCAAAUGAAGAUACAUGGAUAAUUGUAAAAUACACUAACUCCUAGGGUGUUGUAGUAGCUGAAACAUGGAAAUGUGUAGCUGCCAUGCUUUUUCUGAAUGGACAGGAAAGACAUAAGCUACAGAGUAUUCAUUUCUGAGGAUGCUUUUCUAAAAAAAAAAGAAAGGCUGAAAAAUAAUGGCACUUCCUCAGAACCCUCUUUCUUGUUAACGGGUAUCUUUUGUUGGUGUGUUUUGCUCUUACAUUACAGAUAGAAUAUCAUAUUAUGAAUUUAUGAAUAAUUACUUUCAAUUAUUUUGCUUUUGUAUUAGCCGUCUGAGACCUUGCUAUGCUGUACAAGUUGUGUUUGAUGGAUCAGUGUGAGUAUGAAAUAAAGCAAAUCACUUUUCUUUUGUAUUAUCUAUGGAUGCCACUAUGAAAGCUGACAUUAAGCCACUAAAGAGUUUUCUAUGAAUAAGUGUAAGUAAAUGCUUUGAUAUAUAUAAACCUAAAUAAAAAGAUUGUAUUGAUACAAAGACAUUGGAGAAGGAGAUUUUAAGACAGUUAUUUAGGUUUAAAAAGGCUUGCUGUAAAAUGGUGCAUUAUUCCAUUUAUUAAAGAUCAUAUUAAUGACAA